AAUUUAAAAGGGACUGUUAAAAAUAUGAAUACAGAAUAUACAGUGUAUAAAAAUCUGCAUAAAGAUCGGCAGACAACAAAACAAAUGUUUUAAUGUUUUAUAAAAUUUGGUAGAAGAGUGCAUUGAUCGCUGUGUACGAAGGUAGACGAAUGAGACAAAAGGGUUUUUGUUUAUGUUUUGGUAGACAACACAAUACACUCUAAUUUUCUGCCGUUAAAUUUACUUAUGACAUUUAUAAUAUAACAUCUUUAUUUUCGGACCCAGCAGGACUCUGUCUACUGGCCAGAGGUAGAACAGUCGUCCGUGACCUUUGGCCCGUACCGCGUGGAGCUGCUGGGUGUCCGCACAGCGGAAGGAAUUACUACGAGGUUCAUGCGCAUUCACCUGCCACAGCUGUACGACUUUAUCACCGGGGAGAAUAGUCAAGGGGAGGCCAAAGCUUGGCAUGACGUCACACAACUGACUUCCUGUUUGUGGCCGGACUCUCUGCUGACGUCAGAGGCUGUGUGCACACUGCAGCUGCUGGUCAACGCCGCUCAGCCGGAACCAGAAAACCUGGUGUUGGUCCACUGCAAGGACGGACGUAGUCGCAGCGGCUUGUUCUGUGUUUUGUCCGUCGUCAGAGAGCGCAUGCGCAGCAACAGUGACGUCGCAAUUAGUUACGUCACAGCACACCUGAGUGCCCCAGAAGGAUGCAUCGUUAUAACCCAGGACCAGUACAAGUUUCUCUUCUACUUUGUCCAACACCAAAUCGACGCCAUGAGGGGAGAAGACUUGUCCAGCGAGUCACAGUCGGAGUCGGGGGACACAACUCUGGCCGAUAUCUGGACCAUCUAGGUGGGACACAUCACCCGGUCUUCACUGCUGUCUUUGUCCAUGAAUCAUCAAAAUCUUGGAAGGAACAAUAAAUAGUUUCUGUUUAUGUGCAGAUACUUUUUGAUGUAUGUAAAUCCUUUUCACAUACGGGCUUCUCAAAACAAUUUAAUGCACAUUGCUAUGCAGUGAAGUACUGUGCAGUAUUCUUUACUUUAAAUGAUUCAUAUAAAUUUCUAUUUUUUUAUGAUCAUUUGACUAUUGCACGCUAUUGUCUUAUGACUUCAUUAUGAACAUUUGGUUUACUUUCUAGGUGAUUGUAAAUAAAUAAAUGUAAAGCGUAUACUCGCACUCGUAAGGUGCAUGCUCGAACAUGAACGAGGAAGGAACAACAAAUGAGGGACAAAAGAAAAAGCAAAAAACAUAUGAACGACGGAAAGGUAAACAGUACCGAUGACGAAUAGCAGACAAAUACAGAAAAUGCAAAGAGGAACCAAAUAACAAGAAGGACUAGCACUAUGGGAAAGGUUGUUUACGGAACAGGUGUGUUUUGAGUUCACAUUAAAAGGAUUCAGUAGCGGGUAGGCGGCGGAUAUGGAAAGGGAAAGAGUUCCAUUGUCUCGUCGUGAUAAAGAAACAGCAUUGUCAUCAAACUUUUUGUACAUAACUGACAAGGAAUGGUUUGAAAGACGUAUUCUGACAGAUGAAGACCGAAACAAUAGUUUUUUAACAAAGUACCAGGAGAAGAACAAGGUUUCAUGUCCUGUAUAUGGAUACGUAAAUGAAAAUGUUGCAAGGGGAUGUUUAUAUAUUUUUAUUUGAAAUAUAAUUCUGAAGAAUUA